AAUGAAGAAGAGUGAUCACUUACCGGCAGAAGUGGAGGUUUGUUCUUCAGCUUCGCGUAGAAAUAUCAAAGACUCUUCUGUUUUCAAAUCGACCCAGCCACUACGAAAUGAGUACUGAGGAUGCCAAGAAAAGCGUCACCGGAGCUACGGUGAUCAAACCCAGCUCCGAUGAUCGGAAGCAAUCUGCCGCGGCUACUGCUGCUGCUACUGGUCCUGCUUCCGGUAAGCGCUUCAUCAUCAAGAGCGCCGACAUGAAGGAAGACAUGCAGAAAGAAGCAGUUGACAUCGCCAUCGCCGCGUUUGAUAAGCAUAAUGUGGAGAAGGAUGUCGCUGAGCACAUAAAGAAGGAAUUCGAUAAGAAACAUGGACCCACUUGGCACUGCAUCGUUGGCCGCAAUUUUGGUUCGUAUGUGACUCAUGAAACAAACCACUUUGUCUACUUCUAUUUAGACCAGAAGGCAGUUUUGCUCUUCAAAUCUGGUUAGUCAUGAUGCUUAGGUCGACAGAGUGUUAAUGAUAAUGACAGUAAUGAGCUUAUGCUUAUGGUGCUAUAAGUAACAACUGUAUGUAUGAAUUGAAAUAUCCUUGUAUGCAAAUCCUCAGCCCGGUAUUCUUCUGCCUAACAGUGCCAUGUAUAUUUCAUUUCAGUUGAACUGGGUUUCCUAUGUUUGCAAAUAGUAGUCUCUCAGUCCAUCGUUUUCUGGGUUUGCUUGUUGUACAGUCCUGUUUCAGCAGUCUUCAUCUCUUUUGUGAAAUAAUGGUGCAUCUCUUUACAUCUGAGGCCAUCAAAUUAGUAUAUCACGUGAUUUGAACUUUG